AUGAACACAUUCAAAAUUAUUAAAUUGUUGUUAAUUUUUACAACGAAGCUAGCCGUGGAAAUCACAGAAAAAAAGUCAAUAUUUAGUGGGCAUCAGGUUUAUAUACAUAGUUUGGUAGCGUUAAAGAAUUCCGAUGACCAAGUACUUGAUUCCUCUAUAUUUGGAGGAGUUGAAGACAAAUUAACAGAAAAUGAUGUAAAUAACGAGAAAAAUAUUGGAGCAAACCCAAAUAUAUCUCAAAAUCAGGUUUUGAUAAAUCUGGAUUAUUUGAAUGUAACAUCUUCUUUAGAAAAUACUUUAUCUGAAUCCUAUACUUUUGAUGGAUGUUCUCUUUUUGAAGAUGAAAAUAAGAAAGAUUCAAAAGAUGGAGCGGCGGCUGGUAAGGUUAGAGAAAGAGGGCAAUCUAUUCAAGAACAGUUAUCUUCAGAUUUACUUGCUUUGGGAAUGCAGGCUGUACUGAAAAGAAAAUAUAACGAGAUUCGCCUUUCAUACAAAUUUUCUUUUGAAGAAAUGACAAAGUGUCUUUUCGAAGACAACUAUUCUAAAAAAAAAGACAUUGAUAUGGAUAGUGGCCAUGACUACAGAGAAUCAUUUAUUGAUUGUUGCAAUUCCUACAUUCCAGAUGUAUUAGGAAAAGGAACAUUCAAGUUUCUAAAUAAAAAAGAUCAAAAAGUAUACAUUUUAAAUUUUUGCACAGAUCUGAAAUUGAUGCUUGAGGAUAUCGGAAUCGCAUUUCGAAUUCCAUUUAAAUGGCUUCCUUCAGCAUCUGAAAAGUUGAGUUUUUUGUCAAAACUCAAGAUUUCAGGGUCUAAGAAUUUAGUAAAUAAUAAGAAAUAUUGCCACUUACCAAGAAAGACUUUGGAUAUUGUAUUCGACGUAGAUCUGACUUUAUUAACAAUGGUUCCAGUAUUUGAAGUAACUCCUGGUGAAAAGUCAAUCAUGCUUGAAAUGCUUGAAGUCCCUCAAGAGCUCAAGACUGAACGGCGUGACUUCAACUUUGCCACAAGACGUGCAAGUGAUGAUACAAUCAGAUAUAAUAUUCCCCACGAAGUUCACUUAAAUCCUCAGACUAUUGGACUUUUGUUUUCUUUAUAUUAUAGAAGGUUCUUAGAUCCUUGUGUUGGGUCUUUAAGUAUAUUAUCAGCUGGAUUUAAUACAGUUUUAAAAUUUGCAACAUCCAUAGAUAUUGAACCUAUUCUAAGCCCAUCCAGAUUUCACUUGAGUGAUACGAUAUUGGAAUUAUUUCCAUAUGAAAAUGAAAAUUCUUGGGCUACAGAAAGACCAUCAUUAUUAGCUUUUAAAGAAAAUAGAAUAUCAAGCGUUCCUAUACCUCCUUUACAUGUUUCAACAAACGAAUUCAAUGCAAACCAUGAAAAGCCUCAAAAACUUAUUAGAUCAUUUCCUGAAGGGUUUCCAGAACUUUUAUACAAUGGUCUACCGUUUUUAGUUAAAGAUAUGCAAAGAUAUAGGCUUCAUACAACAUUGCAAAAAGGAAGCAGUUCUUUUGAUUAUAUGUUAUUGUCCGAUGAAUUGAAUCACAUGUUCCUUAAUACCUUAAGAUUUUACCAGACAAUGAAGAGGUAUCCAAUACUAACGCACCCUUUUAACAAUCCAAAGCUCUUUUCGAAUAAUAGACCACUAUCUCUUUUGGUAGAUGAUGAACUUUUGCAUUUCACAUAUGCAUGUUCAAUGGAAGCAUGGAGUGAUAACAUAUUAAUAGCAUGGACUGAAAAACUUGGUCCCAGAGAGAUUAAGACACCAUUUUCAAAGUAUUAUUUACCAAUACCAUUACAACACAAUAAUCCCAAACCUAUAAAAAUGGGUGAUUUUUCAAGAAAUCUGAAUAUGAUGAUGAAUUUGGAUUAUUUUGAAGGCUUAACAUAUCAAAUCAGCCAAUUAAAGUCUUUAAACACUACAGAAAAGUCUAAGUUAGGUAAGGAAAGGCGUUCCAAGGCUAUUGAUGAGCUAAAAGACAUGGAGCAAUUCUUGUCUUCUGUUAGUGAAAAUGAAUUGGACUGGUCAGGAAAUUUGGAUAUUCAUCGAGAUAAUCUUUUUAAUAUUAACAUCAACAAUUCUACUAAUUCAAUUACUCCUGGUAAACUAAUACAAUUGGUGUAUCCAGAUAGUGAAAAUUCAAAGAAUAUGUUUUCUUGCCCAUAUGAUAUCACCAAUGUAAAAAUCUUUUACAUAGUGCUAAUUGUUCCAUGUGAGAUACUUUUCAUGAUGCACAGUAAAUUGAAGCGUAUACAAAACGACAAAAAAGAUUCAUUUUAUAAAUUGGUUAAAAUAAUUGAUAUGUUUGUUGUUACUAAUGAAAGAAAAGAAGAGGUUUGUGAUCGAUUUAUAAGUUCUUUGUCAGGAAUUAUUGCAUUCAAAAAUGAGGAGAGCCUUUUCAAUAAGAAGGUAAUUUAUUCAUCUAUUCCAUCUCUUGCCGUGCUAAAGUCUGUGAUUGGUCUCCCAAUCUACAGAACCAUUACAAUUUGGUUGCAAAAUUCUAGUUUAUUUGAAGAUUCUCAGUUAAUCAAUCAUGAAAUGGAAAAAGAAGUUGAAUUUAUGGAAAACAUAUUAAAAGAUACCGCCUAUGUACCUUUAACAACUCCUAAACAACUUCAAAAUGGCAUCAUUUAUGAUCGAUCUAUCCAUGAUAUUGAAAGUUUGAUUAUUUUGGAACCUAUUAAAAGUAAGUUUAAUCGUGAAGCCUUUAAGCUUAACAAUCUACAAGAAAGUAAUGAAAUAAUGGGCCUCUUGAAGCUAUUAACUACUAUUAGAAACAGUUUAGAACUUGGAUAUCGUGAUGUAAGAAAGAGAGUGAAUAUGGAAAAUCCUACUGCAGUCACUUCUCAAUCAGUAAUUGCAAUAUUAAUAUAUUCUAUGUGUUAUGGAAUAGCUGUCGAGCAGUUUUCAAAGUUUCAUUUGAGUGUGUGUAAUUUACCUAGACCUGUAUUUUCAAGGCCAAUAUUGAGGAGAAAUCAACAAGAUUGGAUGAGAUUUGCUAUUACUAAUGUUCUUACAAACUUAAAUAUCAAACUUUCAUUUCCAAUUGCAAGAUCAUUUGAGAGAAAACUUGAGGCAUCUAUAUUUGUAACUAAUUCAAAGUCUACAUUAUUUAAUUCUCUCUUCCAGCCAUAUUUCUCAGGUAUUCCAUAUAAACCAAUUAGGAAAAAAGUUGAAUAUAGCGAGAAUUUACUUGAAAAUGAAAAAAAUAUUUACAAUAAUAUCAAGUUUAAUAAAGAUUCUCGAGAGAUAUCUAAAAAGAAUUUAAUUAUGUUACAUGAUGAUCUAUUGGACUAUUUAAUUAAUUCUCUGUCAUCUUUAGAUUAUAUGCCGUUCUUUGUUCGUCAGUGUGUUUCUGUUACUACAGCAUUUGUAAGGUUCCAGAGUCAAAAGAAUGAACAAGAUAAUGAUGAAGUACCAAAACCUUCUAAUAAUGAGUUAGCAGCUGUUGUAUGCCAAACAAUUCAAGAUUAUUUACAGCAAAAAGUACCCCAAUUCUUUAAAAUAUAG